AUUGACUAAAGAGAGGGGCAACCCCGCAAAACCUUGUCGCGCGCCGGGAGGAAGAUGCGCCGGUGCGGCGUAGAUAGGGCGUAGGGUGCAGGGUUGGAGGGGUCUCGAGGAUGAAAUAAACAGACGCAGCUGCUCAAUUAUACUAAUACUACUUUCAUCGAUAUCAAUCAUAUUUACUAAUCAUAUUACAAUGCCAGCGACAGUCAAUGGAGUGCACUCGGAGGAGGUUCACCGGACGAUCAAGCUUCUGAUCAAGAACCUCGUCGAGAUCAAGGACACGACUGGCGAGUUCCUGCUCACUCUGCCGGACGGCCGCGUUAUCGACACAAAGGGCUGGCAGGACUGGGAGUGGACACACGGGAUCGGUCUGUAUGGCAUGUGGCAUUACUACACUCUUACUGCGGACAGCGACGUGCUUGCGACUAUCACCGACUGGUUCACUCGCCGGUUCGCGGAAGGCACGACGACAAAGAACGUCAACACGUUCGCGCCGUUUCUCACCCUUGCGUACAUGUACGAGACCCCGGCGACAUCCAACCCGACAUACCUCGGCUACCUCGACGCGUGGGCGGAAUGGGCAAUGUACGAUCUCGAGCGGACACCGUACGGAGGCAUCCAGCACGUCACCUAUCUGACGACGAACCACAAUCAGCUCUGGGACGACACUCUGAUGAUGUCGGUGAUGCCGCUGGCCAAGAUCGGCCUCGUGCUGAACCGUCCCGAGUACGUGAACGAGGCCAAGCGGCAGUUCCUUACGCACAUCAAGUAUCUCUUUGACCGCUCCUCUGGUCUGUUCUUCCACGGCUGGACCUUCGACGACGGCGGACACAACUUUGCCAAUGCGCGGUGGGCACGCGGCAACUCGUGGAUCACGAUCGUGAUUCCCGAGUUCAUCGAGCUCGUCGACUUGGCUGAGGGUGACUUCCUACGCACAUAUCUGAUUGAGACACUCGAGGCGCAGGUGGCAGCACUUGCGCAGACCCAGGACAGCGAGACCGGUCUGUGGCACACGCUGCUCGACGAUCCCACUGCCUAUCUCGAAGCCAGCGCCACGGCCGGGUUUGCGUACGGUAUUCUUAAAGCAAUCCGCAAACGCUACAUCUCAAACAAGUACCUGCCGGUCGCGCACAAGGCAAUUGCGGGAGUGCUCGCAAACGUCAGCUCCGACGGCGAGCUGCUGCAGACCUCUUUUGGCACGGGAAUGGGCGACAGUCUACAGUUUUAUAAGGAUAUCAAGCUGACCUCGAUGCCGUAUGGUCAGGCGAUGGCGAUGAUGGCUUUGACUGAGUAUUUGCGGGUGUAUAUUUAGUGUGUAGCAUAGAAUAGCAUGAAUUCACCCCCACGUCUUCUGAACAGUGAACAUAAU